ACAACGGCAAACAGGAUGGGACCUGCUGGACGCACUCGCAUGUUUUUUGUUGGGUCGGUUGGACAAAAAGUGCCGAGAAAACCUGGGAGAGGAGCCAAAUCUUCCCAGAUGUAACUGAACACAGUCACAGGGUGGAAGCAUUUUUUAACGGACACUUAAUCGAGUUGUGAUAACUGAUAGGUGCUUUCAUUAGAAAGAGUUACAAUUUCAUCUGAAAGUUAGGAGGUUUUGAAAAGUGGCAGAAAGAAAGACGGGUUUUAUUUUGAGCCACAGUCCUUAUCUGUAGGAAGGCAUAGUGUAGGUACUAAAAGAAAUCUCAUGUUUAAUUUGCAUUUAGAUUUUAAGGCAUUGAGCUGCAUAUUUAAUGCAAAACUCUACAUUCUGUGCUGGUGUUCUAGAAAUACUUAUCAGUAUCAAUACAUAAUAUAAAUACUUACUAAUAUCAAACUGAAAGGCGCACAGUAAAGCCUGCUGUAGACAUUAUUUCAUAUGCCUGGUGGCAAACAACCACUUUGCUUCAAUGGAGAAUUGCAGCUGCAGAAGAGAAACUUGUAGAAGCCAUUUUUUCUUCAGCAUCACUUGGGAGAUAGCCUAGCCAAUCGCAGCUCAGCUCAGGCCAGAAUUGUCCUGCUAGUGAGUCCGUGCCCACCUGCAACCCCAUCCCUCUUCUCCUGCAUCCCACACAGUACACUCUACUCCCCCUCCUCUUUCCAAGUUGAGUUGCCAUGGCAUCGGUGCGGUUCACGGUGACGCCCACCAAGGCGGAGGACCUCCCGGGGGUGUCGGACACAUCGCCUGACAUGAGUUCCCGCUCCAGCGCCCGCGUGCGCUUUGGCUCCAGGGAAAGUGUCAAUCGAAGUGAUCCGCUCAGCGAGGUGUCUGGAGGUGUGACGACGACAGGUGCCACAGCCGGAGGCGGGGCUGAAACGCCAGACCACAGCUACGUGGAGCAAGGUGAAGGAAAUUCCAAAAUCUCCAGUGUGUACAUCAACAACACGCAUGGUGUGGACGAUGACGAUUUCUACGACAGAAACUUGGCUUUAUUUGAGGAGGAGAUGGACACUCGACCGAAGGUUUCGUCUUUGCUCAACCGCCUGGCGAACUAUACAAAUCUGACGCAGGGCGCCAAGGAACACGAAGAGGCUGAGAGCAUUGGGGAGAAAAAGAAAGCCAACAAAUCACCACAGAUGGGCACCUUUAUGGGCGUUUACUUGCCUUGUCUGCAGAACAUCUUUGGUGUCAUCCUGUUCCUGCGGUUGACCUGGGUGGUGGGAAGUGCUGGAGUAUUGCAGGGCCUCUGCAUUGUCUUCAUUUGCUGCUGCUGUACAAUGUUGACUGCAAUAUCGAUGAGCGCCAUUGCCACUAAUGGUGUUGUACCAGCGGGGGGCUCCUACUUCAUGAUCAGCCGUUCUCUGGGUCCAGAGUUUGGGGGGGCAGUGGGUCUGUGUUUCUACCUGGGAACCACCUUUGCUGGAGCCAUGUACAUCCUCGGCGCAGUCGAGAUCCUUCUGAUGUACAUUGCACCUGAGGCAGCCAUCUUUAGCUCCAAAGGGCCUGAUGGUGAAGGGGCAGCCAUGUUGAACAACAUGCGGGUUUAUGGCUCAAUCUGUCUCCUCCUGAUGUCCUUGCUUGUCUUUGUGGGCGUGAAGUACGUCAACAAACUGGCCUCCAUCUUCUUAGCCUGCGUCAUCAUCUCCAUCCUCUCUAUCUACAUUGGCGCGCUGGUGUCAGCCUUCAAACCACCACAUUUUACGGUAUGCAUGCUGGGAAACAGAAGCAUAAAUGGCCAUGAUUUUCCAGAUGACCAAUGUGCAAAAACUAUCCUGCAGCAAAUCAAAGAUACGACAGAGAGAGAAGACAACAUGACUUUUAUCAGUGAAAACAGCACCAUUGGCCCGACCUUUGACCCAAGCCAUGUUCCUGCUUCUGUGGAGAAGACCACAGAUCUAUGGAGGCAGUUCUGCCAGGGCACAGACCUGAACGCCUCCUGUGACGACUACUUUUUACAUAACAACUUCACCAAGAUAGAUGGAAUACCCGGUCUAGCCAGUGGGAUCCUUUCAGAGAACUUGUGGAGCUCCUACCUCAGCAAAGGGGAUGUCAUAGAGAAAGGCUCCCUUAAUUCCUCAAAUGUUGCACACUCCCCCUCCAUUGAUCAGCCUUAUGUGUUUGCCGACAUCACCACCUCCUUCACGCUGCUGGUGGGCAUCUUCUUCCCCUCUGUAACCGGAAUCAUGGCUGGAUCCAACCGCUCAGGAGAUCUGAAAGAUGCUCAGCGCUCCAUCCCCAUCGGAACUAUCCUCGCCAUCCUCACCACUUCCAUCGUCUACCUGAGCAGCGUUGUUUUGUUCGGAGCCUGCAUCGACGGGGUUGUCCUCAGAGACAAGUUUGGCGACUCCGUCAAGGGGAAUCUGGUGGUGGGGACUCUGGCCUGGCCCACUCCCUGGGUCAUUGUGAUAGGCUCAUUCUUCUCAACAUGUGGCGCAGGCCUCCAGUCACUCACCGGCGCUCCUCGACUCUUGCAGGCCAUCGCCAAGGACAACAUCAUCCCUUUCCUCAGGGUGUUUGGCCAUGGGAAAGCUAACGGAGAGCCCACCUGGGCCCUUCUGCUGACAGCGUUGAUAGCUGAGCUGGGGAUUCUCAUCGCCUCUCUUGACCUGGUGGCUCCCAUUCUGACAAUGUUUUUCCUGAUGUGCUAUUUGUUUGUGAACCUGGCCUGUGCCCUCCAGACACUCCUGAGGACGCCAAACUGGAGACCUCGCUUCUCCUACUACCACUGGACCUUGUCAGUUUUGGGGAUGACUAUCUGCCUGGUGCUCAUGUUCAUCUCCUCCUGGUACUACGCAUUUGUUGCUAUGGUGAUCGCCGGCAUGAUCUACAAGUACAUUGAGUACCAUGGAGCAGAGAAAGAGUGGGGGGAUGGAAUCCGUGGUCUCUCACUGAGCGCUGCUCGUUAUGCCCUGCUGAGGCUGGAGGAGGGACCACCACAUACCAAAAACUGGAGACCCCAGUUGUUGGUUUUACUCAAACUGGAUGAAGACGCCCAUGUAAAGUCUCCUCGCCUGCUGACGUUUGCCAGCCAACUGAAAGCAGGAAAAGGCCUGACCAUCGUAGGCACAGUUGUCUCCGGCAACUUCCUGCAAAGCUAUGGAGAGGCCCUUGCCGCUGAACAGACUCUAAAGCACCUGAUGGAUAAGGAGCGCGUAAAGGGCUUCUGUCAGUGCAUCGUGGCCCAGAAGCCACGAGAUGGCAUCAGUCACAUGAUCCAGUCCAGUGGUCUGGGUGGGAUGAAGCCCAACACUGUGGUGAUGGGUUGGCCUCAUGCCUGGAGGCAAAGUGAGGAUCCGCAGGCAUGGAAGACCUUCAUCAACACGGUGCGGGUGACCACUGCAGCCCACCUGGCCCUGCUGGUGCCUAAAAACAUCUCCCUAUUCCCCAGCAAUAGCGAGCCCUGCGCAGAGGGCUACAUCGAUGUCUGGUGGAUUGUCCAUGACGGGGGGAUGCUAAUGCUGCUGCCUUUUCUUCUGCGACAACACAAGGUGUGGCGUAAAUGUGGGAUGAGGAUCUUCACCGUGGCCCAGAUGGAAGAUAAUUCCAUCCAGAUGAAGAAGGAUCUGGCAACUUUCCUCUAUCACCUACGCAUUGUGGCUGAAGUCGAAGUAGUUGAGAUGCAUGACAGUGAUAUCAGUGCGUACACCUAUGAAAGGACCCUAAUGAUGGAGCAGAGGUCUCAGAUGCUCCGGCAGAUGCGACUGUCUAAGUCAGACCGGGAAAGAGAGGGAAACCCUGGUAGCAGCAGAAGUGCAUAUAGGCCAGAGGCAGGUGGAGCUACAAAGUCUCAGCGUGUUCGCUGGAGUUUUGAUGAUGCGUAUCUUUCCCCCAGGUACAGGAGUACCGGAGUGAACACUUCAAACAUCUAUAAAGGAAACCGAAGCAGACAGGCUCAGCUGGUGAAGGACCGGAACUCCAUGCUACGUCUGACGAGCAUCGGCUCAGACGACGAUGACGACACAGAUGGCGGUGAGCGUGACAGGGUGCCGAGCGGCGGCAGCACAGAGCACCAUCGACGCGUUCAGAUGACAUGGACCAAAGAGAAAACAUCGCAGUACAGAGCCACGCACUCAGGCUGUUCCACACCCGAGGGCUUCAGAGACAUGCUGAGCAUCCGACCAGAUCACUCCAAUGUCAGGCGGAUGCACACUGCCGUCAAACUCAACGAGGUCAUCGUCAACAAAUCCCACGAUGCCCGACUCGUCCUGCUCAACAUGCCAGGACCACCCAGGAACCCAGAUGGAGAUGAGAACUACAUGGAGUUCCUCGAGGUUCUGACUGAAGGACUAGAACGCGUUCUGUUGGUCAGAGGUGGAGGCAGCGAAGUCAUCACCAUCUACUCCUGAUUGGACGCGCACGGGACAUUCUGUUGAAAGCAUCAGCCAGUCAUGCAGAAGCAAGUGAAGGGACACAAGUGGGGGUCUGUGUGCUCUGUGGGCAUAGGCCCUAAAUGAGAGACAGUCAUUGGCUGCAGCGUCAGUCAUCAUGCCGUACACACACUCCCCUCUUUUCUCUUUCCUUUCAUUUUUAGUUUCCUAUUUUCACAAGGAUUUUCAUUCCACUUGCAUCGAGCAAAAAUUCCUCAAAUGAGCAAAUCAAAUGAGUGAUGAGCUGUAUGUGUGGAUCUGUGUGAAAGUUAUUCACCCGUAGGAGAGUGGGUUUGUUGCAGAAGGGACCAGAAUUUUUUAUUUUUUUUUUUUUAAACUUUGGACCACUGAAUGGGGAAGAAAAAAAAAAACGUACAACGCAAGAGGCUAUGAAGCUGUUCCACUGGCGAGACUCAGGGUUGCUUUUUGUACAGAAUGUAUUCGGAAAGCAGUUGUGAGCAGUCGGAGCGAAGCCUGAAUGUCCGCGCUGACCUCAAAGUAAUCGCAAAGCUACAUAAAAACUGGAAAAGAAGUGGUUUUAAAAAUGUUCAA